ACCUGAAGAGAAGUUGCAGAAUUAUCUGUAACAAGUCUGUAUAAAUUAUCUGAUGAUACACUACAUCAUUGAAGGAAUCUUAGAAAGAAUCAUGAAAGAGCUGAAAUUGGCAUCUACGGUUCUCAAUAAUAUUGAUAUUAGGAUGAUAAGUAGAGGAUCUUUGAAGGCUUGAAGUGAUCACCAAAGAAGAAGCAACGCUAAAUUUCUCGAGGACGAGAUGGGUCUCAGAGAGGAUGAUAAGUAGAGGAUCUUUAGAAGCUUGAAGUGAUCAUCAAAGAAGAAGCAAUUGUAAAUUUCUCCAGGAAGAAUUCCUCGAGGACGAGAUGGGUCUCGGAGAGGAUGAUAAGUAGAGGAUCUUUGGAAGCUUGAAGUGAUCACCAAAGAAGAAGCAACGCUAAAUUUCUCCAGGAAGAGUUUCUCGAGGACGAGGAGAUGAAUCCCGGAGAGGAGUGAAUUCUCGAUUCCCUCCGAGUCAUCGAGGAAUGACGAUGUCGGCGACGGUGUCACCGGCGAAACCCGCGCGCGGACGCGGCCCGGCUGACGGCCGGGCGUUCUUCGAGACGCUCUGGCGCGGCGGCAACUUCCUGUUGGACCGGCAAAAGGUGUUGAAGCGCUCACGCAAACGCAAGUUGCAUCACGCGGCGGCCAAUAACGGGAGGAGGAAACACCAGCAGCAGCAGCAGCAAUUGCUGCAGCUGCAGCGUCAGCACUGCUGCUGCUGCCAGCGCAUUCAGCUGCACCUGCUCGCCGGACGGCGAAGCAACGUGCGCUCCGUCGUCAGCGUACGGGAGACACACCAGAUCGCCGAGGCGCAGCAGGAGAAGAACGCGAAGCUGCGCGAGGCGUUCGGCAUCUCCGAGUUCUUUGUGGAGGGCAGUAGCCUAGACCCGGAGCGGCACGCGCGCGAGGCGGAGGCGCGAGCCGCCGCCGCCGCGAGCAAGGUCUACGAGCUGGUGCGGACACCGAGCCCGGCGCCGCCGCCGCCGCCGCCUCCGCCGCCCCCGCUGCCGCCGGACGCGGCCUCCGCCGUCGCGGCCUCCUCCGGAGCCGCCGAGAAGAAGAAGCGGAAGCGCUCCGGUAGCACCAGCGCGAAGAAGAAGAAGAACAAGAAGCACAAGGCGCGGGAAAGGUACAGCAAACGUAAACGAUCCGAAAGUCCGGCCCCCAAGUCCGGCAAGAAAAAAGAGAAGAAAAAAAAGAAGGAGAAGAGGCAUAAGAAGCCGGAAGUCACGUCAUCGGAUUCGAGCGACAAUUCCGACGAUAGCAACUCGUCCGAGGCUGAGUCGAAAAAGAGGAAGAAAAAGAGAAAGAAAAAGCUCAAAGUCGAGGGAAAGGACAAGCAUGAGAAAAAGAAGGGUUCAACUAAACGGAAACGCCAAUCAUCCGAAAGCUCCACAGAUAGCUCUAUGGAAAGACCGAAAAAAUCUACGAAACAUGAGAAAAAUGCUGCGGGGGACAAGACAUCUAGAAACGAGGUUUCCGAAAAUGUCGCGACUUCCUCGCGGGAACCUCCUCGAUCGACCCGAUCGCCGAAAUGUGCGGACCGAACAACAUCUCGAAACGAGACUCCACCUUUGCCGCCAUCGGUUAAAUCAAAGAAAGAUUCCCCGACAAAGAAAAGCACGACGGAAAAGCGAGAUAAGUCGCCAGUCAGUCACAAUAGAAGUUCCCCAUCGCACAAGCGACACAGAUCAUCCUCUAGAAGCAGGACUGACAGAGGCGAUAGAGGAAGGUCUCCUAGAAGAUAUUCGAGAUCACGUCGCACGAGUCCGUCUCCCAAACGAAGAAGGGGAUACUCGAGGUCACCCAGGAGGCACAGUAGAUACUCCGUGUCCAGGAGCAGGAGCCGCUCCAGGUACGAUCGUUACGGAUCUUCCCGCAGGAGGCCCGCAUCACCUCCGAGGCGCAGAGAGGCUGAUUCUCGGCGUAGAUCGCGUUCACCGAGGCGACAGCAACGUCGACGAUCCCGAUCACGAUCCACCUUGAGCUAUUCGCCGGUGAGAAAGAAUCCAGAGCGUUACAGAGACAUCCUGGAGGACCGAAAGCGAUCGGAUCAGAAGAGGAAAACAAAGACUAAUAAGAAAUCACGCUCGACAUCACGAAGCAGAAGAACGCAACAAGUAGCGAUCGCGCCUAGAGUGAGCCUGAGAUCGUCGAGCGAGGAUGAAGCCGAAUUGGCGGACGAAGAGCAGCCCGGCAAACAGCAGCAGCAACAACAACAGCAAGAAGAAGACGAAGAGAGGACGAGAAUUAUGGAGCUGAAUACUUUGAAACGAUUGCAGAGCGGUUUAGCAGCGAAGGCGCGGGAGACGCUAGAGAAGAAGGUAAUCACUCCCGUGAAGAUCAAGAUCGAGAGGCGAGAAGACAGUGUGUUAGAUAUCGCUCUGCCGAAUGAACCGCCGAAAACCAGCGCGCCCAUCCGAGAUAGAUCCGAGGAACCGGUGCAGCAGGCUCUUCCGAUCAUUCAAUCGCCUGUGUCCAGCAGAUCGCCCUCGCCGGCUCUACCUCUCACCCGCGAGGAGGCAGCGAUCAAGAUCAGAUCGCCGAGUGAGUCACCACCGCCACUACCGUUACCUCAGCAGCCUGGAGACAAGGUCGAUUCUGCAUCUUCUGGUAGCGUGAAGAUCAAGAUGAAUCGUCGAUCAUCUAGAUCACCAAGUUUCUCCGGCAAAAAAGACUUGACGCCGAUCGCGUCGUCGAGAAAAGAGCCAGUAUCCAAGAGCAAAUCGUCUUCUCGUUCUCCCGCGCCGACGAUUACGUCCAAAGAGGAUAACGCGACGAUGAAACUACGUUCGCCGAGCGAAUCGCCGCCACCAUUGCCGAGCGCUUCGCUAGCUAGAUCAAAUCAGCGCUCGAGAUCGCCGAAGAAGAGCAAAUCGUACUCCAGAUCGGCGUCGAGAUCGUGCACGAGAUCACCAUCCGUGAACAAAGCGAGGUCUUCCAGAUCUCCGUUCGGAGACAAGAAAUCGCGAUCCCGUUCGCGGGGCAAGAAAUCAGCCUCGCCGGAUCGGCGACUCGCUCGCUCGACCUCUAGAUCGGUCUCCAGGACGAAGAAGUCGUCGCCGAAGGCAAGAACGAAACGCUCAUCCCGCUCGAGGUCUUCCUCGACGGAAUCGAAGCGCACGAGUGCGUCGAGAUCGCCCUCGAGGGGCAAGAAAUCCGCUUCGCGAUCCAGAAGCAGAAAUCGAUCGUUAUCGAAGAGAAGAUCGCGCAGUCGCUCCUCACUCUCCAAGAACUCCAGAAGCAGAUCGCUGUCGCAGAAGAGGUCGCGCAGCCGUUCGUUGUCCAAGAAAUCCAAGAGUCGCUCGCGAUCGGCGUCGAGGACAUCCAGGGACAAGGACAAACGCAGCCGCACGAGGAGCAGUUCGCGUUCUUCCGUUCGGUCGAGACACAGUCGAAGCAGAAGCUUCUCCAGCUCGUCAAGAUCGUCGAGCAGCGUCUCCAGUCGGUCCUCGCGUUCUAGCUCCAGCAGUUCCGCCUCCACCAGAUCACGCUCGCCGUCUAUACCUCGACGUCACGGUUCGCCCAGCUUCCUCGAUAGACGGCGCAUCACAAGCGCGAGGAAGCGUCCAAUUCCGUAUCAUCGACCCACCCCGACGCCACCCUCGUCGCCGAGUAGCAGCAGGCAUAGCAAUUGCUCCAGCACCCGUCAUCGAUCUAGUUGUUCUGCGAGCCGCAGCUCGUCUUACACGCGCUAAGACACGCGUAAAUUGUGUAAAUUCCCCAUCUCCGAAGCCGAUAUUCCUCCUCGUACACUAGACUUGGAGCGGCGUGGUUCCGAUUCUGGUUACGACCUGACCCGGCACCAUACAUCGAGUUUCUUCGCUAAUUGGCUCCCGAGAGGUGUUAAUUUAAGAAUGAAAAUGCUGGGUUUCGCAUGGAAGGGAUCGAAGAAUGUUUCAGAAUUAAGGAUCUGUUGAAUUGUUUUUCUGAAACGACAGAUUGCAUCGGGAUUAUUUCUUGCGAAACUCUGAAAGUUGAUUUUUAUGUCGACGAAAAUUUGAAAUCAUCAUCGAUAAAAUUUUCAAGUGUUUCUAUUCAUCUAAACAACAAAAGAUUUAAAAGACGAUUGGAGAACUUUGUCUGAAGGGCCAAGUCGACUUUCAGAUAUUUUUAUGUUUGCAAAAAAGAGUUUAUGUUAAUCUAGGAUAACGAUUUGUAAUCAGAAUUAUCUAAAAAUGUGUAAAGGCAGCUGUGUAUGUUGAUCAUACGUUUUCUUUCUCUCAGAUAUUAUUCGAAUGGCGUGUUAUUUAAUAGAUGCAAUCCCACACGUUUAAUAGAGAGAAAUUAAUUUUUGAGUAGAGACGCCAUUUCGAGCAUAAUGCAUAAGUAGUAUGCAUUUUUUUUUACAACACAAAAUAUUUUAAUCGA